CGGAGCAGAAAAUCGCGACAGAAAAACCCUGAUCCGCUCAGGAUAUAUAUUCACCAGGACGUGCUGCGCUUGGGAACACAGCCAUGGGUAUGGACCGCACGGUAUUCCUGCUGUUAAUGCUGACGACUUUGUCCCUCGCCAUCGAGGUGCCGUCGGAUGACUCGGUGGGCUUGUUGGCGGAGCCUCAGGUGGCCAUGUUCUGUGGGAAACUCAACAUGCAUAUCAACGUCCAGAGUGGCAAGUGGGAGCCUGAUCCAACUGGCACCAAGAGCUGCAUCAGCACCAAAGAGGGCAUCCUUCAAUACUGCCAAGAGGUAUACCCAGACCUCCAGAUCACUAAUGUAGUGGAGGCCAACCAGCCUGUCAGCAUCCAGAACUGGUGCAAAAUGGGUCGCCGCCAGUGCCGCAGUCACACGCACAUUGUUGUUCCCUACCGUUGCCUGGUUGGGGAGUUUGUCAGCGAUGCCCUCCUCGUCCCAGAUAAGUGCAAGUUCUUGCACCAGGAGCGAAUGGACAUGUGCGAGAGUCAUCUACACUGGCAUACAGUGGCCAAAGAGUCCUGUGGUGAUCGCUCCAUGAAUCUGCAUGAUUAUGGUAUGCUGUUGCCGUGUGGAAUCGACCGUUUCCGGGGCGUGGAGUUUGUGUGCUGCCCAAUGGAGGAGCAGAAAGACUUGGACAGUGAGGAGCAGGAGGAGGCUAACUCUGACGUGUGGUGGGGCGGUGCUGAGACUGAGUACACUGAUGCCAGCGUGCUGAAAGAACAGGUCACAGCCAAGCCUGAUCCUGCAGUGACUGAGGAUGAUGAGGAUCUCAACAAUGAGGAAGAUCAAGUCUGGGACAACGAUGAAGACGGUGACGGUGAAGAUGAUGAAGAUGAGGAGGACGAUGAUGAAGAUAUAAUCGAUGAGCAAGACACCAGUGAACAGACCUCCAACAUUGCAAUGACGACCACCACCACAACCACAACAGAGUCCAUAGAGGAGGUUGUGCGAGUGCCAACCAUGGCCCCGAGCCCUGCUGAUGCGGUGGAUCGUUACCUGGAAGCUCCAGGAGAUAUAAACGAACACAUGCGCUUCCAGAAGGCAAAGGAGAGCCUGGAGGCCAAACACCGAGAGAAAAUGUCAGAGGUGAUGAGGGAAUGGGAGGAGGCCGAGAGACAGGCCAAGAACCUUCCUCGUGCUGAUAAGAAGACCAUAAUUCAGCGCUUCCAGGAGAAGGUGGAGUCGCUGGAGAAGGAAGCGGCUGGAGAGAGACAGCAGCUGGUGGAAACGCACAUGGCUCGAGUGGAGGCCCUACUGAAUGACCGCCGCCGUCAGGCUCUGGAAAGCUACCUGAGCUCCCUUCAGUCUGACCAGCCUCGGCCUCGGCAGGUGCUGAAUCUGUUGAAGAAGUAUAUCCGUGCGGAGCAGAAGGACCGUCAGCACACUCUCAAACACUUUGAACACGUGCGGGAGGUCGAUCCCAAGAAGGCUUCACAGAUUCGGCCAUUUGUGAUGACCCACCUACGUGUGAUUGAGGAACGCAUGAACCAGUCUUUGGGUUACCUCUAUAAAGUGCCUCAAGUGGCUAAUGAUAUCCAGGAUCAAGUGGCGGUGCUGGUUCAGCGUGAUCAGGCUGAGGUGACGCAGCAGCUGUCGUCUCUUCAGAGUAAGAUGAGGGUCAGUUAUGGGAACGAUGCCCUGAUGCCGGAUCUGCCCGACAGCACCACACCACUGGACAACCUUCCUCCAGAGCAGGACGGCCUGGGCUUCAUCCAUCCCGAGAGCUUUAACCAGGCCAACACUGAUAACCACGUUGAACCUGUAGAUGCCCGUCCAAUUCCCGAAAGGGGUUUGCCUACGAGACCCGAGAUUCCAAAGGUUCGGCUGGACAUUGAGGAAAGGCACAACGCUGGCUAUGAUGUUCGUGACAAGAGACUGAUGUUCCUCGCGGAGGACAUGGGCUCUAAUAAGGGUGCGAUCAUUGGGCUGAUGGUGGGGGGCGUGGUCAUCGCCACUGUCAUCGUAAUCACUCUGGUUAUGCUCAGGAAGAAGCAGUACACCUCUAUUCAUCAUGGAGUUAUUGAGGUGGAUGCGGCAGUGACUCCUGAAGAACGUCAUCUGGCAAAGAUGCAGCAGAAUGGCUAUGAAAACCCCACCUACAAGUUCUUUGAGCAAAUGCAGAACUAAAGAUCCACAUCAUCAUCAUCAUUCCCCAAAAUACCACCAUCAUCACCUCUGCAUCAAGACAGAGAAACAGACUGACCCCCACACACACAAACACCGGUCAGCUCUGUCACCAUCAUUGGCUUCCAUCACCUCAGCAUUUCAUCCAAUCAAGCCAGCGCUCACUCAGACUGCACAGAAAAAAUGAUGCAUCACUGCUGCCCAUCUGUCAGCAGCCCCGUCCAUCUGUGCGCUUUCAUGCCUGUCCAUCACAGCACUGUUGCCGAGAAUGAAGCCGUUUUCUUUUGCCCUUCUAAACUUACCCAUGAUCCUCCUGUCCAUUCACAUGCUGUAGUUUCGUUUCUCACUCUCUCUCUCUUUCUUGCUUGAGCAUUUUUGUUCCCCUUCCAGAAACUUCUUGAAGCACUUGCUCUUUUGUUUUGCACGUUUCCUGCCUCCUCCCUUUUUCCCGGGCACUCAGAUGACGCAGUGCUGUGUUCGGCUCCAACCGCAGACGCAGAGCAAUGUAUUCAUCAAUACGCUUUCCAUUCAGGUUAUUUUUUUCUCUGAAACAAAAAAAUAUAUAUUUAAAAACUAGUAAAAACUAAAAAAAUGCAUAAAAAGAACAAAAAAAAACAUUGACAGAGAUCAGAAAUGAAUGUUUGUUUUUAUUUUGUGUGUAAUAUGUAUUGAAUUAAGGCAGAAAUUAGCUGUAUCUAUAUAGUGCAUGGCAAUUUUAACAGAGAGAGAGGCGGUUUCUGGAUCCAAAGGAAGAUUUUUGACCGCUCUCUCUCUCUCUCGUGUAGAGAUUUUAGCUGGAUUGUACAUUUUAAUCGUCUUCUUGUGAUCACAUUUUAAAUAAGUGAGAGAAAAUGAUCAAAUAAUUCUGCUUGGCUACAUCGUCACAGGGACAUGUUUCAAUGAAAAGUGUGCUCUCUUAUUUUAUUUUCUUUAGCCCAGGUGUGUCCAAACUCGAUCCUGGGGGGUUGGCAUCCUGCAUAUUUUAGUUCCAACCCUAUUUAAACACACCUGAAGCAGCUUAUCAAGCUCUUUAGGUUUACUAGAAACUUCCAGGCAGAUGUGUAGAAGGAAGCUGAAGCUAAACUAUGCAGGACACCGGAAGUUUGGACUCCUCUGCUUUAGACCAUGCCACGCACACUUAAUGGUUGCAUGGGGCUGGAAAAAGAUGUAUGUAUUGUAUUAUGAAGUGUAAUAUUAGCCCACGUUUUGGUUCAACACUCUACGCACUUGGCAGUUUAGUUUUUAUAAAUGGGUCAAAGACGCCCUAUUUGCCUCAUGAAGUUUUACUCCAUGUCAGGAUUUGGUUAUGGGGCCUGGAUUAGGGAAGGGAGGUAAUAGAGUGGUGGGAUUUUGCUUCAAAAAUAGCCACCAUUUUUUUUCAAUCGUGUGUUUUUUGGUUUGUCCCAGUUUCCCUCCCUCUUUGUAUUCCCCUCCCAGUGUCUGUGAUAUUCACGAACACUUUUUGGGACAGAAACUCCUCACCUCUUUUAUCCUUUCACCGAAGUAUCUCAUAGCACCUUACAGGCCAGAGCAGGUGGGAAGGAAUCGCUAAGAUAGGAUAUAAUGAGUCGCUCUGAUGUUGAUGGAAGUUGUAAAAAAUCUGUUGAAUGAAACACAGCCAUUAAACCAGUCAAACAUUGUGCAGUUUUGUCACAGUGCACACUGCUCAUUACGUUCCUGUAUAGAAUUACCUUAGCUCCAAAAUCUGGUGUUGUGCUGAUUUGUGGAUGCUCCAAGUGAGUGUCUGUGGUCAGUAGGAAACGGAGAAAGCUCUUUCUGUGACGUUUUCCUUCGCUGUCUAUUCCCAUCAUUGGCUCAGAAGGGGGAGAAAAAAGCUUUCUACAACACUGUAACCCAUGAAUAAAGUUUUGAAUGUACAUA